GCGCGAGUCACUUGGAUUCAAAAUGCCACCACCAACCUUCGCCACGCCACUCCCACAAUCACCCCGCUCUGAUAUCUUGGAAUGGCGCUUCCCGAAGCCCUACCACAACCUCACGCUCACGGGCCGGUCUCGCGCAGCAUGGCACACGUCAUUCGUCAUCCCGCAGCUUAACCUGCUCCUGGACGCUGGACUCAUCGUCAACAACUUCCGACCCAAGCACAUCUUCCUCACUCACGGCCACAGCGACCACACCCUUCUCACGCCCGCCUUUGCCAAGCGCAGCGACCCGCCAGAUAUCUACUGUCCCGCUGAGAUGAAGGAUGCCCUAGACAACUUCAUCAACGCCAAGACGAUGCUGAGUGAAGGGGGUGGCAUCUGGCCGCCGGAGAGCACGUCGCCAUACCUGAAGAAGUACGACGCCUCCGAGACCAACACCAAGGCAGAACCCUCAGAACCCGAGACGGAGACGAGCCCUCCCCAAGGACCGACCCCGGAACCGAAACCAGAACAGGAACCAAACCCAAACCCAAACCCAACCCAAAACCCAACCACCCAUCAACCAACACCACCACCGCCUUCACCCCACCCCCUCCUCCAGACACACACCAUCCACGGCCUACAUCCCUCCACCACCAUCACCCUCCCGCGCCUCCCGCCGCCCCAGUCCUACACCGCGACCGCCUUCGCCUGCGACCACACGGUGCCCUGCCUGGGCUACGUCUUCCACGCCGUCACGCGCAAGCUGAAGCCCGAGUACCGCGGCCUGUCGGGCGCCCAGCUGAAGGCGCUGCGCGAGCAGUCCUCUGAUGGAAAGGGUGGGGAAGGCGGGGAAAGGGGGGGUGUGGAGCUGACGGCGCCCGUGGCGACGCCCGUGUUUGCGUUUCUGGGCGAUACCACGGCGAAGACACUCGCGGCGGGGCCGGAGUGGCUUGGUGGUGAUGGUGGUGGGGGGGUGAGGGUGGUGAUUACGGAGUGUAGUUUCCUGUGGGAGGAGCACAGGGGGCAGGCGGAGCGCACGCGGCAUACGAUUUGGGCGGAUCUGGAGCCGGUGGUGAGGCGGUGGCCGGGGGUGGUGUUCGUGUUGAUGCAUUUUAGUUUGCGGUAUUCGGAUGAGGAGAGAAGGCAAAUAUAA